UACGCUCCAAUCCAAUUAGCCCCUGCUCUCCCUCCCUCGCUCCCUCCCUCCCUCCGCGCACUUAUCCUUUUAUUUUUACACGCUCGGACGGUAGCUGUUCCCCCCAGGGCAUCAGAUUCACAGCGCAGCGUCUCAGUGGGUCCUUCUUUUUUAAUUUCUUCAUGGCGAUCGGCGCUUUGGCCCGAGUUUGCAGGAUGUUGACGAUCCGGCAAAGGUCACCACCCCUGCCCUAGGUGUUCUUACUGUUAUCCACGAAGAUCGCGACCCCCGAAACAUGUGGAGCAGAGACAAUAGUCUGUGUGCUUACAGGAGGCGGGCAGCCGGGAUCGGAUGGGACGCGAAGCCAAAGCUUGGAUAACUCUGCGUCCUGGACGUGCACCCCGUGGAGACGAAGAGUUGGGGUUGAAGAGAGAAAGACAGCAACUUUUACGCAGCCGGGCCAUGGACCCCACCUGCCCCCCGCGCUCUGAGUGAGCGGCCACACACCGUCCUCACCCUCACCCUCACCCUCCCCCCACCCUCACCCUCACCUCCCCCCCCCUCCCAGACAGACCGAACCCCUGACCUCCUCUCCACCUCCUCGCCACCAUGAGCGACCGCGGCGUCUACGGCGGCGGCCCCAACGCCACGGCGGGCAAGGCCAAGCAGUGGAGCGGGCCGCCGGCGCCCUUCCUGCCGCCCGAGCCCAUCGACAUCAUCCGCAUCAAGGCGCGCUCGCGGCGCGUGCGCCUCAACGUGGGCGGCCUGGUCCACGAGGUGCUGUGGCGGACCCUGGACCGCCUGCCCCGCACGCGGCUGGGCCGGCUGCGCGACUGCAACACCCACGAGUCGCUGCUGGAGAUCUGCGACGACUACAGCCUGAACGACAGCGAGUACUUCUUCGACCGCCACCCGGGCGCCUUCUCCUCCAUCCUCAACUUCUACCGCACGGGCAAGCUGCACAUGAUGGAGGAGAUGUGCGCGCUGUCCUUCGGCCAGGAGCUGGACUACUGGGGCAUCGACGAGAUCUACCUGGAGUCCUGCUGCCAGGCGCGCUACCACCAGAAGAAGGAGCAGAUGAACGAGGAGCUGCGGCGCGAGGCCGAGACGCUGCGGGAGAAGGACGGCGACGUGGAGGAGCACGGCUGCUGCCCGGACAAGAGGCAGAAGCUCUGGGACCUCCUGGAGAAACCCGGCUCCUCGCUGGCGGCCAAGCUCCUGGCCUUAAUCUCCAUCCUGUUCAUCAUCAUGUCCACCAUCUCCCUGUCCCUCAACACCCUGCCGGAGCUGCAGGUGGUGGACGAGUUCGGCCACUUCAACGACAACCCCAGCCUGGCCCACGUGGAGGCGGUGUGCAUCGCCUGGUUCACCAUGGAGUACGUUCUGCGCCUGCUCUCGGCGCCCAACAAGUGGGACUUCAUCAAGGCGCCGCUGAACGUCAUCGACCUGCUGGCCAUCCUGCCCUACUACGUCACGCUGUUCCUCACCGAGUCCAACAAGAGCGUGCUGCAGUUCCAGAACGUGCGCCGCGUGGUGCAGAUCUUCCGCAUCAUGAGGAUCCUGAGGAUCCUGAAGCUGGCCCGUCACUCCACGGGCCUGCAGUCGCUGGGCUUCACCCUGAGGAGGAGCUACAACGAGCUGGGCCUGCUCAUCCUGUUCCUGGCCAUGGGCAUCAUGAUCUUCUCCAGCCUGGUGUUCUUCGCCGAGAAGGACGAGGACGCCACCAAGUUCACCAGCAUCCCCGCCUCCUUCUGGUGGGCCACCAUCACCAUGACCACCGUGGGCUACGGCGACAUCUACCCGCAGACGCUGCUGGGCAAGAUCGUGGGCGGGCUGUGCUGCAUCGCCGGCGUGCUGGUCAUCGCUCUGCCCAUCCCCAUCAUCGUCAACAACUUCUCCGAGUUCUACCGCGAGCAGAAGCGGCAGGAGAAGGCCAUCAAGAGGCGGGAGGCGCUGGAGCGCGCCAAGAGGAACGGCAGCAUCGUGUCCAUGAACAUGAAGGACGCCUUCACCCGAAGCAUGGAGCUCACCGACGUGCUGGUGGAGAAGGGUGAGCACCAGGAGGGCAAGUGUCCCGUGGACAACCACCUGUCGCCCAGCCGCUGGAGCUACCACAAACACUACUCCAACGCCGACGCCGUCAGCCCCGCGCGCUCCCAGCCCAACCGGUACAAGGAGGUGGGGCAGCUGGGGUCCCCCGAGCGCCUGAAGCCGUCGCCGUUCCGGGCCAACCCCCAGACCCUGAGCGCCCAGGGGCUCGAGGACACCUACAACAAGAUGACUGCCGGCCGGGGCGGGGACGAGCAGAUGGAGAUGAAGGUGGUGGCCUCGGCGUCGGGGCACCACCUCCAGGUCCGGGAGAUGCCCAUCAGCGAGCUGGGCCCCCUCAGGGAGUCGCCCCUGGGGGAGCAAGCCAGCCAGCCCCCCGGGGGGGGCGCCCGGCAGCAGCGCGUCCCCCCUCCCCUGGACCUCAGCCAGAUCACCUCUCUGGGGUCCGGCCGCCGGCUCUCCGAGGGCGCCCAGGCCGCCGUCAUCAAGGAGGGGCUCUACGAGUUCGUCCCCAGCGGCCGUCCGGCGGGCGGCGGCGGCGGGACGCGGGAGGCGGCCACCAUGACACGGGCGGCGGCGGAGGGGGGGUCCCACGGCGGCUCCCUGCGGGGCAACGGCACCCCCCGGAAGAGGAACUCCCAGAAGGGCCAGUCGCCGGGCGCCCAAGACGACGCGUCCCUGAUCGCCGUGGUGAGGCCCGUCACGACCCCCUCCCCCUCCUCCUCCGCCCGGCCGGACGAGGGCCCCCACAGGGCCCAGGGCCCGCUCAGCGCCCCCCCGCAGGGCGAGGCCCGCAAGGCCUCUCUGAGCGGCUUCCAGGGGGGCGGGGAGAGCGGCGCCCGGGGCUCAGAGGGCGAGGGGCAGCCCCCGGGCCUCAGCCGCUGGGGGAAGAACCACCUGGAGGGCUCCGUGUCCAGCGCCAGCCCCGUGUCCCCGAAGGGCAGCCCGCUCAACUGCGCCCAGGAGGCGGGCGGCCCGGGCGGAGAGGCGGGGGCCGCGGAGGUGUUUGUGGACGGAGACGAGAGGGUGGAGAACCACGUCAGCCUGGACGGCACCGUGACGGAGCCCUGCGAAACCAGCAUGUGACGUGUGGGGGUUCAGCGGCAGGUGCUGUGAAAAAGCAAGGUCUCCGAAGGGGGGGUGGGGGGGGUUACUUGAUGUCAUUAGUCUUAUCGACGUCAAUAAGACUAAUGACAUCAGUCUUAUUGAUGGCAAUAAGACUGGGAAGCACAUGUCCAUGUCCAGAAGAUCUGAAAACACUUGAAGAAACAGUGUGUGUGUGUGUCUGCGCAGGAAGGAAACGCCACUGUUGUAUAUAUUGAUCCUGUAUCUGUUUCUCCGGGGAUAAGAGACCGCUUCGCUUCUAAGACUAUGCUUAGGGAGCAGAAAUCACGCUUACUGCUGAACAGAACGACUUGAGCGCAACUGACUUCUGUGAUUCAGUAUUUAUUUUUAUUUUUAUAGAGUAAGUAUAAUAUGUGGCCAUGCGGGAUACAGUUUUAAUUUAUCGUUACGCAUACUGCUCUGGAUUUAAACAGCAGAGGAAGAAUUGUGGAGUGAGCGACCCAUCAUUUUAUUUUUUCUAAAAGUAAAAUCUAAAUGUGAUGAAUUCUUCUGGGACUUCAAAAACGGCCGUGAUGAAGGUGUCCCUCUUUUGCUCUCCUGUCCAAACUGCCCCGUUUUGAGUGGGGCCUCCUUCAUUCUUUGGUCAUCUCCGCUGGUUUGAGAUUCUUAUGUGAAAUGUGGAUGAAAGAACCCGGAUGAUGGACUGAUCCGGAAGAGGUCACAUAAAAAAAUCCUGCAUUUGAAACAGGAUGGUGUAACGUAUUAUGUGGCCACUUGCUCCCUCCGUCACUCCAGAGAACAGAAAUAGUUCGUAGGAAUGACCGAUUUAUCCUCUCGCAGUCAUGACAUCAUUAUCUGCGUUAGCUGUUCAAUAAUUCAUGAAUUGUUUUGUAUUGUGGCCGUUCAUGUAACUGAUCUGGUGAACUUUCUACUCUGUCACAUCCGUGGUAGCCAAGAUAAACCUGGGGUUUUAAAGGUGUAUGAUCUGCCCUUUUUUGUAACCCAAUUAGGUAAGGAACCAAAAAUAUUUACAAUGUUAUUAUUAUAAGAAUCAUAAAAUAACCACAACCUGACAAAAGACAAACUUGUAGGACUCACUGGAUUCGCCGAUCUGGAGUUCCGCCAAUAAACCCACAUUUCAGUCACUACCCACCGGCUUCACAUACUAUAUGUGUUGGCUUUUUAAGAUUGCCUUUUUGUUUAGAGAAGAGUAAUUUAAGUUUGUUUGCUAGAUUAUGUUUUUCGUCUGCAUAGCGAUGUGUGUGCUUGGGUAUUUGCUGCGUGGGUCGCAUGUUCAGCGUCGCUGUAUGCCUGGGUAGCGAGAUCGCGGCCCCUGGUCACGCUCUGAAGGGUGCUGCUGCAACCCAAAGCGGUGUGGGACUGCCCCCUGGUGGGCGGAGGUGUUGUUCUGCCACUUUAACCAAAAGACCCAAGGCCUAUUCAUAGUGCUCUACCUAGAAAUGUAUUCAGCAAAUUCCCUUUUUUUUUCUUUUUUUUAAUAGUUUGAUUGUCAGUAUGUCAUUGUUUGAUCAUUAUGUAUAUAUUUCUGGUGGCAUGCACAUGAGUUGCGUUCAUUAUUUGAAGAUCUCAGAAAAGGCAAAGUGAGCCAUUAUAUAUGAAGUACCAUAAGUAGUUCAUAUAAGGAUACAAGGAUUUUACAGUCAUUACCUCCUAUCCUCGCUCACAGGUUGCUCAUAAAUAUUCACAUUUUCUAUGAGGACUCUGCAUUGACGGAUGAUAAACGCUGUAGCUGUAAUAUCUUUAUAAAUUGUGUGCCUUUUCAUAAAUAGAUAAUUUAUGAGAAGGCUGGAAAAACUGUACAAUCUGGCAGGAUCCUGUAGCUGUAAAGAAUAAUAUCUUUGUUCUCUUUUUAAAUUAUGUUUUUUUUUCUGCUGUUCGAAUGAAAACGUUAAGAAUAUGCAAGCGCUGAAAGAACCCUCAGGAUUUUUGUAAAACUGAAACGUGUGACGUUUCUCCCGGACCUCUUACAUUCAGCUUUACAUUAGUCUCUUUCUCUUCACAUCAUGUCCCUGGAUCUGUUCUGUAACAGAUCCGGUCCCCUGUGUUUAACGACACCUAGAUAGUAUAGAUAUUGUAGACUACAACCAUAAAAUAGCCAUAAUAGCAAUAAGCAUAUAUUUUGUAAAAAUCCUGCUCUAGCUCUGAAUAAUUCUAAAUGGUCUGCAUCAUCCAAAGGUAUAAUGUGUGUGUGUGUGUGUGUGUGUGUGUGUGUGUGUGUGUGUGUGUGUGUGUGUGUGUGUGUGUGUGUGUGUGUGUGUGUGUGUGUGUGUGUGUGUGUGUGUGUGUGUGUGUGUGUAUGUGUGUGUUUGUGUGUGCGUGCGUGCCUGCAUGUAAAGGCGUGAGGUUAAAUCUUGCGUGAACACAGCUUUGCUCAUGGUAGAUGGUAUGUUGUAUUCCUUCUCUGUGGAGAUCUAUAGGGGAUGAGCUUUACCAUAUCAGUGCAAUUGUGCUCAGCUAACAUGGCUUUGCUUUCUUUUGUUCAGUUCAGGGCGUUAACAACAGCACACACACACACAUCCGAAUUUGGUCACUUUGUAAGGGUUACGGGUGGGGACUUUGAAAUCUGGAGAAGUGGAAGCCAUUGGGGAGCAAUUAAACACAGCGUUGGUGGUUCUCCCAAAGAGUAACCGUAAGGAGAAGCAAUAUCGCCAUCUCUGGUGAAACACGGUAUAUGCAAUUGCUCUUGCUAUUGGCUGCAGAAUUGUUGCCCCGGGAUCUAACGUGGUGAACCACAAGGGCAGCUCGCCACAGUCUGCCCUUCUAACUGGUACGCUUGCUUGGUUAUGCUCCAGUGGUUAGAUUUUAGUGCUCACUGACCUACAGAGUGACCAGCUUUCGAGACAAAAAUGCACACAGUGAGCCGUCACGGACUACAUGCAAUACUGGAUUCCUUUUCCUUUUUUUGUCAUUGUUGUAAUAUCUUAAUUUUGUACAGUUAAUAAGUAGAAUAUUCAGAUUGUCAAACCAACCAAGAUAUAUCUCUAUACAUAUAUAAGUAGCUAUUCUUAAUGUAACACGCCUGCUUCUCUGUUUAUUCUUUGACAUUCCAUCCCUCCUCUCUUUAUGUUGGUUAUUGAUACACUAUAUGACCGUUAGUUGACUUCUUUGGUUGUUAAGUCACCAUAACUUGAUAGUGAAUGACUAUAGGGACUUUGUGGUUUCCAAGAAGUCAGUCACCAUUAUGCAAAACAAAUAAACGUCUUCAUGGGAGCUUUCUA